AUGGAUAUCUUCUGGUUUAAUAUACAUCAUCAUGAGUCUCAAAUUUUCGAUCUCAUUUUCUCAAUCUUGAUGAGUUUAAACGCAUACAGAACAGCUUUAAGAGCUACACAAAUCGCUUUCAAACAAGAUUUGCCAAUAUUGAAAGCUGCUAGAUUACAAAUUAAAGAUGGUAUCAUAAAGAAUAAACAUUUACCUGAAGCUCAAGCUAACGAAGAGAUUGAAAAAUUAAAUGAGAUAAGUAAGUUUUUAAUCAAAAACAUUGUUCAAGGACAGAUGACAGAAGGGAAAUAUUUCUUGAAUUUCCAUGAACAAACUGAAUUAGGUGAUAAUGAAACCAUCAAACAGGGGAAAAAACAUGAUGAAAUGGGGUCAUUAGUUGGUAAAAAGGGUAGUUCUAUUAAGAAAUGUUCGUGA